UGGAACACUGUCGUCAUAGUAACUUGCACGAAUUGUACAAACAUGGCCACAUUGAUGUGUCGAAGUUUGAAUGGGAAAACUGUUUGAGUGGAGCUUCCUUCCUGAUGUGUAAAGAUGUGAAUACGUUACGACCCUUACACGUCGUUUCCGUUUGAAAAUUUUCGUACAGCUCGAAUCAAUCUAGUAGCCGUAUUGGUUCGCGUAUUUUUGCCGCCACGAUGUCGAAAAAUACCACUGAAAAGAUCUUGGAAAUCGACGCACACGUCAGCAAACAUUAUGACAUCGUUCGACGUCUUGGCAAAGGGGCCUACGGUAUCGUGUGGAAGGCGAUAGACAAGAAAAAUAAGGAGACAGUAGCGAUGAAGAAGAUCUUUGACGCCUUCGGGAACCAAACGGAUGCGCAGCGGACGUUUCGCGAGAUAAUGUUCCUAUUGUCGUUCUCCAAUCACGAGAACAUCAUACGACUAAUCGGUCUGCACAAGGCGAACAACGACCGGGACAUAUAUCUCAUAUUCGAGUACAUGGAAACCGAUCUGCACAACGUCAUCAAGAAGGGCAACAUCCUGAAGGACGUCCACAAGGUGUACAUCAUGUAUCAGCUGUUUAAGGCGAUCAAAUACAUUCAUUCGGGGAACGUGAUACAUCGGGACCUCAAGCCGUCAAACGUUCUGCUGAAUGCACAGUGCCACUGCAAAAUCGCCGAUUUCGGAUUAGCGCGAUCUGUUACUCAGAUAGGCGAAGGCGACGGUGAAACCGCUAGUGAUCCUACCCUAACAGAUUACGUGGCAACUCGCUGGUAUCGUGCUCCAGAAAUACUCGUUGCUUCGAGGAGGUACACGAAAGGCAUCGACAUGUGGUCAUUAGGAUGCAUACUCGGAGAAAUGCUUCUGGGGAAGCCACUGUUUCCCGGUUCCUCGACGAUUAAUCAGGUCGAGAGAAUAAUGGCCACUCUUCCACCUCCAAGCAGAGAAGAUUUAAUUGCGGUCUGCGCCGGCUACGGUACCAAUUUAUUGGAGAAGACUCCGAGCGGACCGAGACGUUCAUUAAAGGAUUUAUUGCCAGAUGUACCGAAAGAAGCGUUGGAUCUCAUCGGCAAUUUGAUAGUCUUCAAUCCGAACCACAGACUAACAGCCGUCGAAGCUCUGGAGCAUCCUUAUGUGGUCAAUUUUCAUAGAAGAAGCAACGAACCGGAACGAGGUUCAAGCGUAGUUCCGUUACUCAGAGACGAUGUCCAGCUUUCCGUGGAAGAGUACAGAAAUAAGCUUUAUUCAAUGAUGGAUGAGAAGCACCGCAAGCAUAAAAAUAUGUCUAAGUCUAGAGUCAGACGACUUUCGGAGCACAUCAGGAAGGAAACCGCCAUUAGUAACAGUAGCCCAGUCAUCGGUCAAGGUGACAUGACUGUCGGUAAAAAUCUUGCACACUCGUACCAGGAUUUACGUAAAGAGAGAAGUAGAACUGAUUCGUACGAACCUUCCUGUUCAGAGGUCCGUACGCAGCUACCGAGCAGAAAGACUUCACGGAAUGCACAAAUUGACAGCGGUGAAAGAACCACGAAGACCAGAUCGAUAAGCACCUGUAUGGAGUCGCAGAUUCCGAACGCCAGAAGCCUCAGACCAACCGCCAAAAGCGUGGCAACUCAAUACACGUACAAUUUAAUGAACAACUCGAACCUGGCACCAAGCGCAACCAAGAGCUGUUUGUACAUAAAUCAGCAACGACAACUAUCGAAAUCUCAACGUUCUAUACAAUCGGACCAAGUGACCGUGUGCGCAUCCGGCGGAAAAUCGAGUCAGCUGGCGCAAGCUGGUCGAACAAAAUUGCGGAGGAAUUGCAAGCAAGUCCGAGUACCGACGCCUUUUGAAUCGAACUGGCGGGAAGAAGAUCGGCAGAGGACCAUCUCCUUCGCUCAGGACCGACCCAGGAGUUUUCGCACGAAGUAUUUUACGAGAACAGUGGACAACUCGUCCUACGACUGUAUGAAAUGCAACAGCAAACACGCGAACAGGUGUAACGGUGAUUCGCAGUGUCACUCGGUCUCGAAGAAUCAAGUUGUCCAGAAUUAUCUGAACCAAAUCAUGCCAUCCCGCGUCAAAGAACAGUCCAACCCCUGUCGAACGAGGGACACAAAUUACAGGAUCUCGCAGUGCGACACCAACGGUGUCAAGAAAUCCCAACAAACAGCUAAUUCUCCUUUGGUCGGGAAUAAUCGGUUGAGGAACACGGCUAAUCGCGACCACGUCACGAGGGCGCAGAAACACAUUAUCGAUGGGGCUGGCGAGAAGAAGUCGAAAUCCACGCGUGACUCGACUUUCGUAGACAAUCAUAGCCAGACUCACGGUGUUAUAACUGCGUCCGUGUACAAAGAGCUGCGAAAUGGGACUAUAAGGUGGUAGAAUGUCGCUGGGUCAAGCUUCCGACAGAAAGAAACGACAGCGGCAGACUGCUAGGGUUUAGGGACAAAUAUUUUUAUACUACUUUUCGAACGAUUUAGAACAGCGAGUUCUCACCGCAAUACUGUGUGAAAAAUCGGAAAUGUAGAAUCAUCUUUGUACGGGCGAAAAAUCGUCAAUUUUCAAUAUCAGUAUUAAACGCACGUUAUCACCGUUUUGCUAUAUUCACAAAUACAUAAUAGAGUAUACGUAUGACCAUUUCUUGGCCAACACACUAUGUCACACAAAUUUUCUAGUGCUACAACCACGUGCAUGGCAAUACGAAGGUGCAAUUAGCCCUCGGUCGUUUCUUUUCCUCGGAAGCUAGAAUUAAGGUUCCUAAAUUAAUUUAACGAGAAAAGAAAAAUAAAUACGUGCGAAUUCUUAAAGAAACCGCCUGAGUCGUAAGCUUCGUAAACGUAAGCGUAAGUAGCGAAUUGCAGACGAUCUCGACGCAAGCGACUAACUUUAAACUGUUAGGUAAGAAGCUCGCGAACUUCUUCUAGUUUUAUAGAAUAUAAGAGUGACGAAACGAAAGAACUCGUUUAUCUUCAUGUUCCUUGGAACGUCACUGCAACGUGAUGUGCAUUGUACCAAAGCAAAUUGUACAAAAAGAACAGUCACUUAUCAAUAAUCGCGAGUUGAAAUCGGUAAGAACAGGUGUAUAAAACAGCCAAUCGAUAAACGGGGCCAAAAACGGUGCGGUUAUCUGUUUUUUCUCUCUAGAUAACGCGUGCACCUGUCCCCUAGGCGAGAAGCAAAGUUGCAACUCUCUUCUCCGCGUUAAUCGUAUACUCGUCGACAAAUGUAGCGCGUAAAUUUCUCUUUGUAAUAUACUUUUUUUGUGAUACCUUUAUGCGGCUAUGUGAUCUGUCCAAUUCGUAUGUAUAACUUGUCGUCGUGGAAUAAAUUUUUACUAAAGGAGUUUUCCUGUCAACACUUGAUCAAAAGACCCGUAAAGAGAUUGCCUCGUAUCGCUGCGAGGGUUCAUCCUUUGAGUCGGAAAACGAGACAACCGCAUUUUCAUUUUCCAUUCCGUGGAACGAUUUCUUCCCGGUCGAUGUCAUGCCUUUUGCUCAUUGCAUCGACAGAAACGCCAUUUCAACUAUUUCCCUGAUGAGAUUCGUGUAAGAAAGCAUAUUGCGAACUUGCAUUUUUCAAAAAGAAGUUUCAAGACUCGCUUCGGGCGUUUUAACCUGUCCCCAUUGGCGUAGCGACGUCCUAGGAAGCAAUAUGAACGCUGUAGAAAUACUCCGUUGCACAGUUUUCGACAUUUCCAAAUAUUUAAACCUCUUUAAAUUUCAAAAUUCUUAAAUUUU